UUGGACGGCCGAGCCGCGCCGGCGGCCGCCAUUGGUCGCCCCGCGCCCGCACCUCGCCCGCGCUCUAGCCUCGUACCUCGAGCGCCACCGAAGCGGUUUAUUCGUCUGCGGAUCGCGGACGAGACUACACGGUUCCCAACCCCGUACUCGCGCGUAGAGACCGCAACUUUUGUGAAUUAAAAAAGAAAGUUUUCGACGUUGAAUGAUAAUAUAGCCGCGAUGUCCACUCUACUCGAUGUCUGCGGCCCCCUCUCGCCGCCGUCGACGCCCCCGUUGAUGGACGUAAAAGUGCCGGAGCUGCCCCCGAAGAAAGCGGCGGCCAAGCGCGCCCGGGAGUCACCGCCGCCGGGCGUGGGCGGGCUCGUGACGCCGCAGCCCUCCGACUCCGAGGGCGAGGACGAGGGCCACAAACGCGCGCGGUGCGAGCUGGCGCGCCUGCUGCUGGCCACGCCGCCGCCCGAGCCCGCGCGCCCCUCCGUCAUCAUGCGCGCGCACAAGGACGGCACCUGCAGCCCCGAGCCGCUGCCGCCGCCGCCCGCCGCCAUGAACGUGCUCCGGACCCUCAAGUUCAAGAUGAACAGGGGGCAGAGCUACUCGCAGGCCAAGUACACGGCGACCCAGGCGAGAGCUCCGGCCCCGGUUCCGGCGCCCGAGCGGCCCGAGCCCCCCCGGGUCGUGGAGGCCCGCGUGCCCCCUCCCCACCCCGAGCUCCCGCCCGAGGCCGAGGAGGCGCCGAAGUCGCCCCAGGCGGUGGCGGCCAGCGCGCCGGGCUGGGUGCCGCUGGCGCCGCGGCCCGCGCCGGCGGUGCUGGUGCCCGGCACGCUGGUGCCCGCCGCCGCGCUGUGGCUGGUGGCGCCGGCGCCCGCCGCCCGCCGCCGCCUCUACGAGUGCUCGUACCCCGGCUGCGGCAAGAACUACUUCAAGUCGUCCCACCUGAAGGCGCACGCGCGCACGCACACGGGCGAGCGGCCGUUCCGCUGCGCGUGGGCGGGCUGCGAGCGGCGGUUCUCGCGCUCGGACGAGCUGUCGCGGCACAAGCGCACGCACACCGGCGAGAAGAAGUUCGGGUGCCGCGUGUGCAGCCGCCGCUUCAUGCGCUCCGACCACCUGGCCAAGCACGUGAAGCGCCACACGAAGGAGCGCGCGCCGCCCGCACCCGUGCUGCGCCUGCUGCCGUCGCCGCCGCUAGCGGUGCCGCUGCCCGCCGCCGCCCCCGCGCCCGUCGCUCCCGCGCACUGAGCGCCCCCGCUGUGAUCCGGAUCUCACGAUCUCUAGUUUUAGUACUCGAAGACUGUUUCAUCCUCCUACUUAAGUAGAAGCUAGACGUUAAAUAUGUUAUUCUAAUGUUAAGAUUUAAAAAAUAUAAGAGUUGACUUGAA